CCUCCCGCAACAGAAGCAUACGCCGUGCCCAGCUAUCUAUAGCUAGCACUAGCAGUGGUGCACACUGAAAUGGACAGCGCCAGCAGCCUCGUGGACGACACCAGUAGCGGUGGCGGCGGCGGCGCGUCCACGGACAAGCUAAGGGCUCUGGCCGUCUUCGCCGCCGCCUCGGGGACGCCGCUGGAGCGCAUGGGCAGCGGCGCCAGCGCGGUCGUGGACGCGGCCGAGCCGGGCGCCGAGGCGGACUCCGGUUCCGGUGCCGCCGCGGUGAGCGUCGGCGGGAAGCUGCCGUCGUCAAGGUACAAGGGCGUGGUGCCGCAGCCCAACGGGCGGUGGGGCGCGCAGAUCUACGAGCGCCACCAGCGCGUGUGGCUCGGCACCUUCGCGGGCGAGGCCGACGCGGCGCGCGCCUACGACGUCGCGGCGCAGCGGUUCCGCGGCCGCGACGCGGUCACCAACUUCCGCCCGCUCGCGGACGCCGACCCGGACGCCGCCGCCGAGCUCCGGUUCCUGGCGUCCCGCUCCAAGGCCGAGGUCGUCGACAUGCUCCGCAAGCACACCUACUUCGACGAGCUCGCGCAGAACAAGCGCGCCUUCGCCGCCGCGUCCGCGUCCGCGGCCACCGCCUCGUCGCUGGCCAACAACCCUUCUUCCUACGCGUCGCUCUCCCCCGCGACCGCGACGGCCGCCGCGCGGGAGCACCUCUUCGACAAGACGGUCACCCCCAGCGACGUGGGCAAGCUGAACCGGCUGGUGAUCCCGAAGCAGCACGCCGAGAAGCACUUCCCGCUGCAGCUCCCAUCCGCCGGCGGCGAGAGCAAGGGCGUGCUCCUCAACCUGGAGGACGCCGCGGGCAAGGUGUGGCGGUUCCGCUACUCGUACUGGAACAGCAGCCAGAGCUACGUGCUCACCAAGGGCUGGAGCCGCUUCGUCAAGGAGAAGGGCCUCCAAGCCGGCGACGUCGUCGGCUUCUACCGCUCCGCUGCCGGCGCCGACACCAAGCUCUUCAUCGACUGCAAGCUGCGGCCCAACAGCGUCGUCGUCGCCUCGACGGCAGGCCCGUCGCCUCCGGCGCCGGUGGCGAAGGCCGUGCGUCUCUUCGGCGUCGACCUGCUGACGGCACCGGCCACCGCCGCGGCGCCGGCGGAGGCCGUGGCCGGGUGCAAGAGAGCCAGGGACUUGGGUUCGCCCCCGCAGGCGGCGUUCAAGAAGCAGCUCGUGGAGCUGGCACUAGUGUAGAUUAAUGCUACGGAGCGAUCGAUCUUUCCCUGGCUAGCUAGUCUUUUUUUUUUUUGCUCGAUCGCUCAACUCAGAUGGUAGCAUCACCGAGCUGAAUUUAGUUCCCUCUCGGCAUCUCACUUAGUUGGUUCGUUUGUUAAUUUCCAGUUUCACCAUCCUUUUUGCUUUGCUUUGAUGUAAAUCUUCUCAUCAACUGUAUACUGCUAAUGAAAAAAAAACAGUCCAAGAAGGCUAGAUGAUGGUCAA